AUGAAAGUGAUUAUCCUUUUAGGACUCUUUGUCCUGUCCUGCCAGGGACAGCACCAUCAUCCUCACCAGCAGCACCAACAGCACCAGAAUGUCAACAACAUUCCGCGCGACGACAAGCCGGAUCAUCACCGGCACGAGGAGCACCGGGAGACGAGCACCUGGAUACCCAUCAUCAAGUACAACAAGGAGCAGAGCGAGGACGGCAGCUACAAGACGGAAUACGAGACGGGUAACAGCAUUAUCCACGAGGAGACAGGCUUCCUCAAGGACUUUGAGACGAAUCCCAAUGGAGUGCUGGUCCAGCAUGGUCAGUACUCCUACCAAUCACCGGAGGGCACCUUGGUGAAUGUUCAGUAUACCGCCGAUGAGAAUGGCUUCAGGGCAACCGGUGAUCACAUACCCACCCCGCCGGCCAUACCCGAGGAGAUCCAAAAAGGAUUGGACCAGAUUUAUGCCGGGAUUAAGCUGCAGCAGGAGCGUCUGGAGCAGAGGGCUAAGACGGACCCGGACUUUGCCCGGAAGCUGGAGGAGCGACGAGUGGCCAACCAGAAUGGGCAGUACAUAGGCCUGCUGGAGAACCAGUGA